AUGCCGGUUGUGGAAUUCGACGAUAGUCUGCAUGCUGCAGAGAACACCACUCGAGAGGCGUUGUUUGAGGCUUUACACCAAGACGAAGACGACUUUAUGAUGAAGCAUUUGAGCGCCAUAUCGGUUAUUGCUUUGCCUGGCUUGGCCAUUGCAAGAGAUGUUUCUUAUGUGACUGAUCUCGCGGUAUUUGAGGCACUGGCUCCCUGUGUUUCCAGUGCGAUCUCAUACAAUAUUGCCAGACAUACUCGCUCGUCAAUAUGCGAUGACUCGAAAACAGGGUUACAAGAAUGUAUAUGCUCGACUCGUAUGCAUCAAGUUACCUCCGCCAUCUCGAACGAUAUCAAGCAUGGUUGUGGCUCCAGUGCGACAGAAGACAUUUAUAGCGCGUCCAAGGUGAUGCAAAAGUACUGCAAUCAGGACAAACACAUUACAUUUUCCUCGCCGACAACAAAUAUCGUCGAUGCAUACAUUACAGAUCUACCCGAACUGGCAUACAUGCCCCCUUGUGCGCAAAGCGCAUUGUCUUAUGCUGUAAUGGGAGUGGGAUCGGAGAGAUGUCCCGAGGAUGCCAAGUUGAACGCUCCUUGUGUGUGCAAUAAAAAGGAUGUUGUUCGGGAUAUCAAUUUGACUUUGAAGAGCGCAGCCAAGCGCUCCUGUUCGAACGACGCAGACGUCACUUCAGCGGAGAACUUUUAUAGCCAUUUCUGUCUCAUGAAUGAGGGCAAGACAUCGUUUCCAUCACCAAAAAGCCAUCCAGGCGAUAUGUCAUAUUACAUCACCGCUCUCCCACAGUUUAAGUCUCUGGACGAAUGCGCCCGAAAGGGUCUUUCCACUGUUGUCAUGAAUCAAAGUUCAUGGCUGUGCCGUGGCGGGCCUCAAGAGCUGGCUUCUAGCCUGACUGAGAGAGUCAAAGAUUACUGUGAUGAUACACGCACUGGCAAUGCCACCGCUGCUGUCAACGCCUUUCGGUACUACUGCAGCGCUGCUAAAGAUCUAGUCACUGCAACUGUGACUGAGUCCAUUUCUCAGUCUCAUUCUACAGCCAGUUCUAGUACCCAUUCAGCUACAGCGAUAUCCAGGACGACUAGCUCAGUCGGAGCAACUGCAACUUCGACCACUGUCGCGAAUAUUGCAAAGGGGUCAGGCUCCGGUGACGAAGACGAAAAGCAAGACAACUCGAAUAACAACGUCGUACCAAUUGUCGGAGGAGUUGUCGGAGCCGCCGUAUUUACAGCUCUUGGUCUAGCUUUAUUCUUUUUUAUCAGACGAGAGCGCCGACGAAAGACUCGCGGCGAGCGACUUUUGGAUGGCCCUCCUGAAUAUUCUAGACAUAUGGGCAACAGCGUCUCCAUCCAAGGUUACAAACCAGCCCCAUCUGUUUCACAAUUGCCAACAGCUAUGUUAUCAAAGUCCAGAUUUGGUGGGGGAAGAGAUUUCCCGGGCUUGACUUCUGACCAUGCGCCAACAGCUGAGCUCCAGGCUCAUCUUGCAAGGAUGAAUCCACCUCCGACAUAUUCGCGGCAGCCUGGAACCCAGUCAGGGGUUUUAGAGUCGUACGAAAUGAGUCCGAGUUUUCAGAUAUCAAAAAUCGGGGAUUCGCUGGUCGUCACCGACCCAACUACUAAUCCGCCCCUUACCAGCUUGACUAAGGGAGAGCGGACGGGAUCCCGUAUUUUCUGUGAACCUCGAACUACCCUAAUAUACACUGCUUUUCUGUGGGAAGGAUUGUUACUUGAGGCUCCGGAAUCCCUGGUGGUGAUGCUCAGAUUAGCUAUCCUUCCGGAGGAUUCUGAGCUGAGGGAUCAUGGCUGA